AUGUCGGUGCUCUCGACCAACGACGCCAGACAGCAGCCUCGGCACAGGGUGCUUUCAGGCAAGGAAGAAUCGGGAGACAUCUUUAGCCAGUGGCGCAAGGGCAUCAACCCGGUCGCAUCCAAGGCGUCGACGCCUAACAGACAGGUGUUGGCUACCGUGACGAAUCACCACAGCACCACCAACAAGAGGGCCCAAUCGCCGGAAGCAAAGAAGAAGGUCGUAGCCAAGGAUGAUGCUAGCAAGCCAUUGGCGACUUCACAGAAGCGACAGGCGCCGGCUACCGGUGGUACACCUGUAGCCGCGAAACGAACAAAGUUGAAUAAUGAACGCGAUGGCGUAUCGGCGUCGAACGGCAAAGUCAGCAAGGCGGAUGAAGACAAGUGGACGCGUAGCUGGGUGAAGGCGUUCCCUACCUUGAUAUUCUACUUUGAGAUCGGGGCCGAGGAAGGUCCGGGCAAGACGCUGAGGAGCCGGGUGAUCAAGAUGGGAGCGAAAGUGGAGCAAUUUUUCUCUACGCGAGUCACCCAUUGCAUCGUCAAGGAAUCUGGCUCGCCACAAAAACAGACGAAACCGCUCAGUCAAGCUCGCAAUAGCGAUAAUGCUAGGAAUCCCUUCUUGGAGUCUGGAGGCACCACAGACCUCGCUCAUAAGGCUGCCGAGCUGCACAUGAAGGUCUGGUCCGUCAAGAAACUGUCCGACAUUCUCUCCAGAGUCGCUCCCGUUGAAUCGCCCGUGGUCAACAACAAUUCACUAUCCACCCUCCUCGAAGAUGAGCGCAUUCAUGGUACGCGGGAACGUGACGCGACAGCCCCCCGGCCCGAUCACUACUACUUCAAGCCCGGCAAUAAACAUCUACUCAUCGAGGAUGCUACAAGCAAGCAUCGCACGAUUAUGGUCAAAGAGUACACUUACAACGCCAGGGACGGGCCCGAGUGGCCCUGCCUGUACGGUACUUUCUUGCGCAUCUCGUCUGCCAACCAGGGUUCGGUGCCUCCUAGCAAGCUACGGGAGAGGGCAUGGAGACUCUAUGCAGAGCGGCAACCGUACGGGGGAGAGCAGCCCCGAGACCUCCAGCGCUCGACCUCCCUCCGUGCCCUGUCAUCGACAGCUAGGCUACCCGACCUUCCUGACGCCAAUGCCUAUCAGGAUGCUUCCGGCAACAGUGUCGUCAUCACAUCCAACAUUGCCUCGACUUCCACUCCCAAUACACCCAUUCUUGCGGGCGGCAUGCCCACCUUGGGCUCAAACAAGGACAGGGCAAUUAUGCAAAUGUCCAAACGUGUCCAAGUGCUCAAAGGCAAUGCGCGACUGGCUGCUGCCCGAGUGCCCAAAGAGUCCUCCUUUUCGUCUUUGGGUACAUCCGCGCCCACGUCUUUGGACCGCCGUCGCAGCAUGAGCCAGACAAUAGACACGCCCAAGGCAUUCCUCAGUCAAGAUCAGGUCAUUCGCAUGCUGCGGCAGGCGCGAGAACCCGUGGACGAGGAAGCUGUGUCAGUCGCCGACAGGAUGGCAAACAGGCAAAAGGUCGAGAUGGGGCUCAAGGGGAGAGACCAGGAUUCUGCGGCAGGCUAUUGUGAAAAUUGUCGAUUAAAGUACUCGGACCUUUCUGUGCACAUUGCAUCCAAGAAGCACAGGCGCUUUGCUCAGAACGACGAAAACUUUGCCAGUAUCGACAGACUGCUCUGUUCCCUUCAGCGUCCAAUGCACCCGGAUAGGGUACAGAUGAUGUGCCCACCUUGCAACGAACAGCAUACUCAAGACUGGGACUGCGAAUUGUGUAAUGUGCCGCCUCCUCUACCCGACUCUGAAAACGGAUACGACUCUGGGCUUGACUUUGAUGAGUCCGCAGACAGGCUCAUGGAGGAGUAG